AUGGAGCUGGGCAUUCCAGAGCACUGGAAGGACUCGUGGGACAAGGUGAAAGCUUCCCAGUGCACCAAGGCGCAGCAGGAGGGCAGCCGGACCCCCAGCUCCCUGCUGCUGUCCUCGGGCCUGGCCCACCACCGCCGCCCGCUCGGGGUGUACCUGCAGGAGAGCGGCGUGGGCUCCACGCUCAGCCUCAGCCCGGACAGCGACACCAGCAGCACAUCCACCCCGUCCAGCGGGAAGCUGGGUGAGCGCAGCAGCACCAGCACCCUCUGCAGCCCGUUCCACACGUCCGAGAGCGAGAACAGGCAGGAGCAGGGCCCAGGCUCCUAA